CCUCCAGAGUAAGAGGUGUUCCCCCACUAGUCAGCCAGACUCCUUGAAAUACCCUUUCAGUAAUUUUACCAAUACCUCCAUGGCUCUACUCUGCCAUAACAAAGGAUGUGGGCAGCACUUUGACCCGAAUACCAACCUUCCUGAUUCUUGUUGCCAUCACCCUGGGGUCCCCAUCUUCCAUGAUGCACUUAAGGGUUGGUCCUGCUGCCGGAAGCGAACUGUAGAUUUCUCUGAGUUCUUAAACAUCAAGGGCUGUACAGUGGGACCACAUUCUGCUGAGAAGCUUUCUGAGGCCCUUCAACCCGAGGGCCCUGCCACAAGCAGUUCACUUCAGGAGCAAAAACCUCUGACUGUGUUUCCAAAGUCAGCAGAGACCUUGCGCCGGGAGAGGCCCAAGUCAGAGUUGCCUCCAAAGCUGCUGCCACUACAUAUAUCCCAAGCAUUGGAAAUGGCAUUGGAGCAAAAGGAACUAGACCAGGAAUCCGGAGCAGGACUUGACAGUAGUCUGAUUCAGACUGGUUCCAGUUGCCAGAACCCAGGAUGUGAUGCUGUUUAUCAAGGCCCUGAGAGUGAUGCUACUCCAUGUACCUACCACCCAGGAGCACCUCGAUUCCAUGAGGGGAUGAAAUCUUGGAGCUGUUGUGGCAUCCAGACCCUGGAUUUUGGGGCAUUCCUGGCACAACCAGGAUGCAGAGUUGGUAGACAUGACUGGGGGAAGCAGCUGCCAGCAUCUUGUCGUCAUGAUUGGCACCAGACAGAUUCCUUAGUAGUGGUGACGGUGUAUGGCCAGAUUCCACUUCCUGCAUUCAGUUGGGUGAAGGCCAGUCAAACUGAGCUUCAUGUCCACAUUGUCUUUGAUGGUAACCGUGUGUUCCAAGCACAGAUGAAGCUCUGGGGGGUCAUAAACGUGGAGCAGAGCUCUGUCUCCUUGAUGCCAUCUCGGGUUGAAAUCUCCCUGGUCAAGGCUGACCCAGGGUCCUGGGCCCAGCUGGAGCACCCUGAUGCAGUGGCUGAGAAGGCUAGGGCAGGGGUUGGAUUAGAGAUGGAUGAGGAAGAAUCUGAGGAUUCAGAUGAUGAUCUGAGCUGGACAGAAGAGGAGGAGGAGGGAGAGGAGGAAGCGAUGGGGGAAUAGUUAUAUUAGACAGCUAAGUAUCUUGAUAGGACCUCAGUGGCUCCCUGAAGAUGUUAGAGACCAGGAUAUGUUGGCAGUAUGGUAUUAAUGGGGAGAACAAAAGUGUCCAAAUCACACUGUUUUUUUCCCUUAAAUAAAUCUUAUAUUCUGCAGUUUCA